CUUGAAGAUGAUAAUUCUGACGUUCUGUUUUCGAGAAAAGGACCUGCUUCUUCGCUUUUAAAUGAAAUGGUUACAACUGGAGGAGAUGACCUGCAGCUCACACAUCUAUAAAAGACAGAUCUGGUGAAACAAACGAAUGCCAGCCAUGUUUUGUCUUGGUUGCUUCUAGAGACCUCUGGGGUUUUCCGAAACCAAAAUGCAAAAACCGUUUUUAUGAGCGAUUGCACUGCAAGAUGGUUACUGCAGUUGGGCAUCAGGCUGGAGGAAUGGGAGAAUUUCCGGGUGCGCCGCAGUCCCCGUUCCUCUUCAUCAGACAGGAUCCUUGUUGUGAGAGGGUUUGUUUCCAGCCGGAGUCCAUUUCUUUCGCGUUGGCGUCUGGUGUCCUGGAGACCGAUAAGAAAAAAAGGAGGAGUAGGGGCGGCGGCAGCGGCAGCAACAGCAGCAAGAGUUGACAGGAUGCUGAAUGCCGAUCGUCUUUCUCAGUCGGGGCUGGAGUAUCUGGGUCAAAGAUGCAGAGUAGUAAUAAUGCUAUCUCUGGAAGAAGAGGAUGGAAUCCCAACUAUAGUAGACCAGUUGAAUCAAAUGCUGAAUGCUCAAAGACAUGUAAUCACAUAUAUGGAAGAUGCAGUGAACCAGCUCUUGGAAUGCAAAGAAGACAUUAGUCAAUUUGGUGUUGCCAGAUUCUUUACUGAAUACUUUAACAGUGUGCGUCAAGGAACCCAUAUUUUGUUUCGAGAGUUCAGCUUUGUCCAAGCUACACCCCAUAAUAGGGUUUCCUUUCUAAGGACCUUCUGGCGAUGUUUCAGGACAGUGGGGAAAAAUGGAGACCUAUUGACAGCCAAGGAGUACCAUUGCCUCUUGCAGUUGCUUUGCCCUGACUUUCCCAUGGAGCUUACCCAAAAAGCAGCAAGGAUUGUUCUAAUGGAUGAUGCAGUAGAUUGCUUGAUGUCUUUUUCAGACUUCCUAUUUGCAUUCCAGAUCCAGUUUUACUACUCAGAGUUUCUGGACAGUGUGGCUACCAUAUAUCAAGACCUCUUGACUGGUAAGAAUCCAAAUACUGUCAUUGUUCCAACCUCAUCUUCUGGACAGCAUCGUUCACGCCAAGCUCCAAGUGAAUGCAGCCCACUUGAUGGGGUGGAGACAUCUGUGUUUUACCAGUGCCUGGAGUCUCUGUGUGAUAGAUCCAAAUACAGCUGCCCCCCAUCUGCUCUUAUCAAGGAGGUUCUGGGCAGUGCACAGAGACUGACUUUCUAUGGAUUUCUGAUGGCUCUUGCAAAGCACCAUGGCAUCAACAGAGCCCUCGGAGCCCUUCCAGAUAAAACAGAGCUGUUGCUUGACCCAGUUAUGGAUCAGGAACUAGAGAAACUGAUAGCCCAGGUUUCAGGACUCUCUGUUUCCAGCUCUGGCAAUAGUAGUGGUGAGGUUGUAAAUGUGCCUUCCAGACCUUCUUCCCGGAUCAGUUCCCCUUGGAGGCCUCUACACCAUCGCAGGAAAAUAGACACUGAAAGUGAGGGCUCCACAGAAGAGACAGAUUCAUCUGAGAACUAAAUGCACACCAUGGGACUGCAAGCUAAUCCUAUGUCCUUAAUCACAGAAAAGACACAGGAGUUAAGAAGGAGGGGAAAAUAACAAUUCUAGCACUCCUUUUCCUACAAGCUCCCACACCAUGCUCACAUCGAGAUGUCCCCUUUAGGGAGGCUUGCUAUUGUGAUCCCAUCAAAUCUGAAACUUUUUCCCACUCAGCAGCUUUGCAUUUCAUACAAAGGCUAAUGCUAACUGCAGGAUUCUACUGCCCUCUUGCGGCAAAUCAUCAGUAGAAACAUUCACGUUAGGUAGACAUCUUUAUGUUUAAUACUGAAAAACUUAAUGCUAAAACUGACUCACAUAGUAAACCUCUUCAUCUUUAAGGCACUCGAGAAGAGGACUUUUGUAAAAUAUGGUACUUGGGCUUCUGCCGUCCACAGGUUUAAUUUACACCUUUUCUGGAUAUGCCCCCUAUUACUUUCAUGUCCCAAUUAGGACUUAAUUUCAAUAUUUCAGUUUAGAUAAUGCAGCAUGACAUUUGUAAGGAUAAGAAACCUCUGUGCUUUGUUUUGAAGAAACCUCUGUACAUUGUACUGAGUGAUCAUUGUUUUCAGUUCCCUCUUAUUAGUCUAAGAUAUUGUUAUUUUGUAAAACAUUUUAAGAUAUGGGAACUAUCAUAUACAGCAAAUAAAGCAUGUUGCACAACGUGAACUGUGUCUCAGACAGUUUCUUUGCAGCUUAUUUUGCUAUGGCUUUAAUGAAUAUCAUUUGGUUACAAUGCACUGAAGGGGCUUUGCUGCUGUGUUGGCCACCAUUUUAAAAGCACCUUUUUACUGAAAUGAGGAACACACCCGAAUGUUUUCUAUUUGGUUUCUCAGGCGUUUUCCUGAUGACCAGUGUGAUCAGUUAUAGCAAAUGACUUUUAUGAAGUUGAUUUUAUUGUAUUUUGUGCCUUUUCACAGUGCAACCUUUUAGUGAAAAGUGGUACAGAAACAGAAUAAAAAAUCAAGAUGUAUUGUGAAAAGUAAAAACCCAGCUCACUUUUCACUUUUGUAGAAGUGUCUUCUGGAAGAAAUGAAAGUACAAAAGCCACUUGAGAGAUGCCUUCAGCCAAGGAGAAGUUAAAUAUAGGGAUAGGUUAUGGCCAAUAAAGAGACUUAGAAUCCCGGUUCUG